GCCAGUUGGUUAAACAGCGCCCUCUGGUCGUCCCGUUUUUAUAUUGCAAUUUUAUACCGGAUUUAAAAGUGAAAGCAGCACACUCACGCCGCAAAGGCACCAGAGGAAAAAGAGGAAAAAGACAGCACAGGAAGAAUGGACAUAAUCACAAAUAAGAAGGUGAAGCUUAUUAAAUGGUUACGCAUGGACGAAUACAUUUUGCAGCACGUCCAAUCUAGGAUGUUGAUAACCAUGGAGGAAUACACAAAACUGAAGAAUAUCUCAGACCCCGGAACACAGAUAAUGGAACUCUUGGACCUAAUGCUGGUAAAGGGACAAGGUGUUUGCAUCGACUUUCUAGACUUGCUGAAAGAAGAUGAUGUGAAUGAAGGCACCCCGGAGCUGAAGGAGUGGAUAACAUCAGUAAAUACCUCAGAAAUAAAAGCAGCUCCACAGAGCUCUGUCCAAAGCUCAGGUAGCUCAGUGAUUAUUAAUGCACGUGACGCCAGCGAUAUUUGCACCCCUAUAAUAAGCGGCUCUCAGAUUUCUAGCUUCAGUAUGAACGUGAAUAUCGAUAGGACCCUGAACAAUCUGAGAACUCCUGAUCCACUGACAUCAUUUAAAGUAUCCAUGGAAAAAAGACCAAGUCACAGUAUAAAAGAUAACCAAGAAUUUUUGAAGAGGAACCAAGGAAAGCUCAUUGAUAAAGUAAAAAAUGUUGAUCGAAUCACUGAUGACCUUAACUUGGGUGAUGAAAUGGCAGCAAAUGUUCGAGCUGAGCGAACAGACCAGGCCAAGAUGAGGAAACUUCUGGAGUACACAAACAGCACAAGCGCUGCUAAUCUUCUGGUUGACGCCUUGAAUAAACAUGCAGCUGACGUCAUGGAGGACCUGGCCACAGCCUAACAGCUCAGCAUUUCAAACCUCUUCACUCAUGGUGCAGGGCAUAAAUUACAGACCAAGUACAUCACCUUUUCUAAGAUAAUAUGAUAUGUGUCUUUUUAUUACUGUUUCUGUACACAAUAUAAAUUUGUUUUAUAUCACCUAUGACCAUCAUUCCCCCAUAUUUUACAGUUUUAUAUUUUUAUAAUUUUAUAAUUGAGAUGGUCAAUCAAAAUCUUACGAUGGAAAAAUCAAUAAAUAUGCGAAUAAAUAAGGAA